UUAUGUGCUUAAGGUGUCCCGUCUUACCUCACCCUACAAUAUAUAAACAUGGAUUGUAACAGAAACUUAUAAAUCUUACAUUUUAUUAACUGGGCAAAAAACACAGAUUUUUUUGAACAGUUUUAACACCAUCAUUACAGUUUCUAUAUAUAUAAUAAAACGAUCGUCUUCAUGUUAAACGUUACGCAUAUUUUACAUUUUAAAUACGAAAGAUGGUUUUAGUUUUUACACCUAACGAAAUAAAUAAAAUAUCAAAUAUAUGUUUGUGUUGAAAACUGUUGCGUUAUUUGGAAAUUUUAAAGUGUAACUUCACCUGUGUUCGACUGGAUCAGAUUUUUGAAACUUUUUCUUUUUCUUCGUCAGCACUCGUACUCGUUCUUGCCAACUGUAGCAGACGCGUCUGGAAGAGGAAAGCCACCUUCGGGCAGACUGGAUGAAGCCGUAAGCUUCAAGACCACUAAUCUGAUGGAAAGAAUAACAUAUUGGUUAAAAUUUGGAGCAAAUUUUAGAUUAAGUAAACAUGCAGUGAAAUGCAUAUACAGUCAGGCUGCAUCAGGGAUGUUAAAGACAUUACGAACUGUAUCAGUUAUUAACGUUUUUAUUUACCGUUUUAUUCAAACUAUUUACCGUUUUUUAGCAAAAAUUUACAAACUUAUUCUGUUUUUAGGUUCAGGAAUUCUCAUAGCCAUAAUUUCUCUUUGCAAAAAAAAAAUCGGAAUCGCCAUUUUGUAAAACGAGCCAAGAGCUUAUCACUCACUGUACUGGUAGCGCGAAGAAACUCAACAACGGACAAUAUACCUCGCAAUGUACGCACCCCAACCCUUGGUCCCAUCUUCAAUGAUGACCUACCCGCCACCAUUGUACCACAGACCCUCAGCCCGGUUCUCACUUUCGCCUUCCGCGGGAAACGGAGGCUCCGGAUGCCCGAAGAAUUACUACCAACACCACGUUACGAACCAUGCCGCUGCCGCCGCCGCUGCUAUGUACGCUGGAGGUGCAUAUGACGGGUUUCUGCAGAAUUAUGUCCCAACUGAUCCUUGCAAACAAGCGCUAAUGAUGGCAUCACAAGCAGCAGGGUUCACUGGAAUGGGAAACGACUACAAUGCUUGUUUAGACGACAGUAAGCCCACCAAGCAGCGCAGAGCACGUGCCAACUACAGCCAAUGGCAGCUCGAGGAAUUGGAGCGAGCGUUCCAUACAACACACUACCCCGAUAUUUUCAUGCGAGAAGCUCUGGCUCUAAGACUCGAUCUUAUAGAGGCUCGAAUACAG